CCAAUUCUACAAUGGAGGAACCACAUUGCCGGAAAAUCAACUACCAUCAAACCGGCGAACCAUUCUUCCAAUGCGCCCCCAUCGUCAUUCCUUACCUCAAUCCCACCGAGCUAGUCUCCAUCUCCUCAACCUGCAAAACCUUGCACCACCUCUCUACCAACGUAACUUCCCGCAGAACCUCCGACGCUUCCAGAGGUUUUGAGAAGCUUCCCAUCCCUUUCCACAACCCUAUCCCCGGCGACCCCUACACCUACUCCUACUUUCUCUACACUCCAUCUCAGACCCUCCGCACUACCACCCACUUCCGCCAGCCAUGGGGCUCCGGCCACGAUGCCCCACCCGAUCCCCCCUCUCCUUUACUAUUCCGCGUCGACGGCGCCACCGGUUGCGACUGCACAAAAGGCUGCGGCGGCGAUGAUUUUUUCCCCUGCUUGAAUCUAGAAUGCGGACCGAGUUGCAAUUGUGACUCUCUGUGCGGUAACAGGGUGACUCAGUGCGGGGUGAAUUUGAGGUUGAAGAUUGUAAAACACGAGAAAAAGGGCUGGGGCCUCUAUGCGGCGGAGCUGAUCACCGCCGGAAUAUUUAUCUGUGAAUACGCCGGUGAGGAGGGAGGAGUAGCGGGUGAUGUCUUUGCGGAAGGUCCAGGAGAUUCCGUGAGGGGUGGGCUCGGGGGUGCUGGUGCGGAGGAGCUCGGUGCCGGCGAGCCAGACGGCGGAGAUGCGGUCAAAAUUGAAUUAAGAUUCGUUGACCGUUAA